AUACCCCUGUUUCUAAUAUAUCUCGAUAACUGGCUUGCCGCCAAUGCUUAUGAUCUCUUUUCCAUUCAUCUCUGCAUGUGAAAGCUUUGCUCCUCAAGAUGUCUGAUAAAAUGUUGGACUUCGUAGUACGCAACGGUGUGGAAAGCGUAGAUAACGGGCUAAGUACAUUUUUAUUUACAUCCGAAUCAGUCGGAGAAGGGCAUCCAGAUAAGUUAUGUGACCAAAUUAGUGAUGCUAUUCUCGAUGCCCAUUUGGAGAAAGAUCCCAAUGCCAAAGUUGCAUGUGAAACUGCGGCUAAAACUGGGAUGGUCAUGAUUUUUGGAGAAAUAACAUCUAAAGCUCAUGUAGACUACCAAAAGAUUGUUCGUGAAACUGUAAAAAAUAUUGGAUAUGACAGUUGUACGAAAGGUUUUGAUUACAAGACUUGUAAUGUUUUGGUUGCAAUUGAACAACAAAGUCCAGAUAUUGCAUCUGGAGUGCAUUUAAAUAAAACUGAAGAUGAAAUUGGAGCUGGUGAUCAGGGUUUGAUGUUUGGAUAUGCUACUGAUGAGACAGAAGAGUGUAUGCCUCUAACUGUUGUUCUUGCCCAUAAAUUGAAUGCCAGACUUGCAGCUUUAAGAAAAGAGGGAGUUUUUUCAUGGGCUGGACCAGAUUCUAAAACUCAAGUCACUUGUGAAUAUAGUUUCAAACGAGGAGCUGCUAUUCCUGUCAGAGUCCACACAGUUGUUGUAUCUACGCAGCACAUGAAAGAGGUUUCAUUGGAUUUAGUACGUAGUGAGGUUAUGGAUAAAGUGAUAAGACACUGCAUUCCUGCUGAGUAUCUGGAUGAAAAGACAAUUUAUCAUAUUAAUCCAUGUGGUGAAUUCAUAAUGGGUGGACCAAUGGGUGAUGCUGGCCUUACUGGUCGAAAAAUCAUCGUAGAUACAUAUGGCGGUUGGGGUGCACAUGGUGGUGGUGCAUUUUCUGGCAAAGAUCCCACUAAAGUUGAUAGAUCUGCUGCUUAUGCUGCUAGAUGGGUUGCCAAGUCAUUAGUAAAAGCUGGUCUCUGCAGACGUUGUCUUGUUCAGCUCUCUUAUGCUAUUGGAAUUGCUGAACCUUUAUCAAUAACUGUUUUAUCAUAUGGAACUUCAGAGAAAACUCAAAAAGAGUUGUUAGAAAUUGUUAUGAAGAAUUUUGAUUUGAGGCCUGGCAUGAUCAUCAAAGAGCUUGACUUAAAGAAACCGAUCUAUCUCAAGACAAGUGCUUAUGGACAUUUUGGCCGUGAAGAGUUUCCAUGGGAAAAUCCCAAACCUUUAAUCUUUUGACGUAAACAUUAAUAUUUUGUGUAUGUGUCUAGUUCAGGCGAACCACAGUAGAUAUGUCAAUAUUCUUCAUGGAUUUAAGGUUACCUGUAAAUAAAUUUAUGCCUUAUCUGUUUGAAUAAUGACUAUCUGCUGCAAAUGUGCUUAACAAGCUCAUUAUUAAUCAGAUUGUAAAAAUAUAAGAUGAAAACUGGAUCAAAAUCGGCAUUUUCUAGCCCCAAAAGCCCACCAAUUUUUUUGUCAUCUUUUUAUCUCAAUAUCAAUAAUUUUUUUUUUUUUACAUAUUUUUCAAAUUAUAGAUUUUUCUUGAUUAAGACACGACAUAUGAUUAAGUUUGAAUAAAGUAUUAAAAAGAAAAACCAUUUUAGUAUUUGUUUUUAGCUGUGAUAUUUUCUUGGAUAACUGUGCAGUGUGUGCUAAUCAAAGAAUUCUGGAAACACUGCAUGUUUUUAUCCUUGUGAUUUUGAUCCAUUAACUUUUCGUCUUCUAUAAUCGAUGCACAUUUGUCUUGUGUUUAUGAAAAUUCCAGUGGAAAAGAGCACUUUUUUUAAACACUCGGGUUCGCUUACAUCUCUCUUCUAUUCAUAUUUAAGUAUUUCAUUUCUAUAUGAAAUUUAAUAACCAAUGCAAUUCUUGUGUUCAGUAUAAAACAGUAGGAGCUUCUAUGUUUUAAUAUUAAUAAUGACUUUGCACACAUAGUCAAACUUCUAUCUAAUCUGUGAUGCCAUUGUAAAGAGAGUAAGCAUAAAAAGUACACAAACACUUGACUUUUAUUAUGAAUUUUUUUUAAAAAAAUGAAAUGUUUCAAAAAUAAUUUGUGUUUUUUUGACUUAAUGAUUUGGUUUUUACAAUCAAUAUUUGUUUUCAAUGUUAUUUGUCUUGCUUCAUAUGUUUCUUUAGUGAAUACAAAGUAUGUUUGAGACUGCUUUGGGUUAAUUAAGGGAAUUGAUAUGUAUCCAAACAUCAAUCUCUUUUGAUCUUUUUUUAUACUGUUUAUCUUACUUUAUCUUCAAGACUGUACAGUUUCACUCAUUGUUUUAUGUCAUCAUGAACUAUUUGCGACAUUGGAAUGGAGAUAUAUCUUGACAUGCAUUCAAUUGUUGAAAAAGUACUUGCAUUUUUAUGAAUAUGAAAUAAAAACGAAUUGCGAAUCA